AUGAGCUUAGACCCCGAAAGUGGGCUUACUGCCAGUGAAGUGGCUAUCUCAUCUGCGCGACAGAUAUCCGAAAUCAUUCAGAUGAUGCGGACAGAGUACGGGAUGAAACAUGUGCACCAGUUCGCCAUGUACGCAGUGAAUGUUGCUCUAUAUACUCUGCUUGAGCAGUCUAGCUUCGACAUUCUGGACUCGGACUUCUUGAGCUUGACAAGCGCGUUCUCAGUCAUUGCGAAUCGCUCCCAAGUCGGGAAGAGUCUUUACCAUUUCUUCAAGUUGUCUGUACUGUCUCGAGACUACGGCAAUAGACUGCAAAAUCUAGAUGAGGUUCCAAAAGAGCUCAGGGAUAUCCUCAGUCAGAGCCACGGGUAUAAUCAAACCAGAGGAGCUGAAGGCGAUACGAACUAUAGCCAGAGUUUGGAAAAAAAUCCCCGGUCCAUUCCCUCCCCGGGAUUAAAGGAAAUGAUUGGAGAGUAUGAGAAGCUCAGCGUGGGCAAAGAACAGAGACCAUAUGACCUUUGUGAAUCCGGAAACUUUAACUUUUGA